GGUUGUUCCAAUCAGCCAAAUAGCCUCCAGUUCCACAAACUCGGUCAAAAUUGGUUCUUCUUUAUCGGAAACACAACAAUCUCGGAUGGGUUUCUUUAAUGGCAUUCUGAGAGGAGUCUCCAUUGAAACCUUUUCACUCAUUGUUUCAAACAAUAAAGAGGAAUAAAAAAAAAACAAUUUAGGUUAGAAAGAGAGUUGUUAUCAGGCAAGAAACAUUAAAAUUAGUGAAGAAUUGUUCGUCGAUGAAGCUGAAAUCAUAUCAUAUUGGGAGAGAAGAUGAAUUUUAAGUUCGAAAAUGGUGUCUAUCAACAACUUUAGAGAGAGAGGGAGAGAAAUCUUUUUGAAAACUAUCAGAUUGGUAAUUGAUUGGUAACUAUUCUAAAACUAACCCACAUCAAAAUCAGAUUCUCUUCCUAAAAAAAAGCUCAAAAUCAUGGGUAUCACAUUAAGCUCAAAUCUGUUAUAUUUUGUAAUUUUUUUAGUAUGUUUUGUAAAUAAGGAAAGUGAUGCUGGUGGAAUUUCAAUCUAUUGGGGUCAAAAUGCCAAUGAAGGAACUUUAUCAGAAACUUGUGCCACGGGUAACUAUGAAAUUGUGAACAUAGCUUUUCUUGCAACUUUUGGCAAUGGUCAACAGCCCACGAUAAACCUCGCAGGUCAUUGUGAUCCAAGUCUAGGGGAGUGUACCAAAUUAAGUUCGGACAUAAAAUCAUGCCAAUCAAAUGGAAUAAAAGUAAUCCUGUCAAUUGGAGGCGGCGCUGGAUUUUAUUACCUUUCCUCUGCUGACGAUGCUAGGGAAGUUGCCACUUAUCUUUGGAACAACUACUUGGGGGGGCAAUCGAGCACUCGUCCACUUGGCGAUGCUGUAUUGGAUGGAAUCGACUUUGAUAUUGAAGGCGGAACAAAUCUAUAUUGGGAUGUCCUUGCCAAGUCUCUUUCCGCAUAUAGCAGUAUGGGUAAAAAGGUCUACUUGACAGCAGCCCCGCAAUGCCCAUACCCUGAUGCUUGGAUUGGAAAUGCCUUAAAAACAGGUCUUUUCGAUUACGUUUGGGUUCAAUUCUAUAACAAUCCUCCUUGUCAAUACAGUUCUGGUGAUAUUAACAAUCUUGAAUCUGCUUGGGAACAAUGGACUUCAGAUAUUCCGGCUAAAAAGAUUUUUCUUGGAUUACCAGCAGCUCCAGCAGCUGCUGGAAGCGGAUUUAUACCUGCUGGUGAUCUCACUUCUCAGGUUCUUCCUAAAAUAAAGAGCUCAGGUAAGUAUGGUGGUGUAAUGUUGUGGUCUAAAUAUUAUGAUGACCAGACUAAUUAUAGUUCUUCAAUCAAGAGUGAUGUCUGA